CGUAUCAAAUUCUUUCUCAUCAUCUCCUUCUCCUCGCAACAGCCCCUCGACUCCAUCCUUUUCUGCUUCUUUUCUGUUGGUCCAACCAUCGCUAUGUCCGAACCCAUCAGAAACAAGAAGGCAGACUUUCCAGUCGCCCCUACGCCUCAAAACACACCCGCAAACAACGCCCCUAUCUCUUCUCAUGCCCAACAGCCUGGAGUCGCCAGCAUCAAAGAAGAAUCCCUUGACCAUGCUACGGCUGCUUCUCUCUUCGCAAGAAAUCCUGGACUCGUAUCCAUGAUCCAAGGAAAGCUUGGUUCUCUUGUUGGACGUUCGUCUGGCUAUAUCGAGUCGCUUCCUGUAUCUGUCCGUCGACGCGUGGCCGGCCUUAAGGGUGUUCAAAAAGAACACGCGAAGCUAGAGGCUCAGUUCCAGGAGGAGGUCUUGGAACUCGAGAAGAAAUACUUCGCCAAAUUCACUCCUCUUUAUCAGAGACGUGCCACAAUAGUCAACGGCGCUGUGGAACCGACUGACGAUGAAGUUGAUGCAGGAAAAAAGGAAGAAGAGGAAGAUGUAGGUGCGAAGGAAGGCGAAGAAGAGCCCAAGAAAGAAGAGGAGAAGGAGCCCGCAAUUCCCGGCAUUCCCGAAUUUUGGCUGUCUGCCAUGAAAAAUCAGAUUUCACUCGCCGAGAUGAUUACCGAGCGGGAUGAGGAAGCCUUGAAACAUCUCGUUGAUGUCCGCAUGGAGUACCUCGACCGCCCAGGGUUCCGUCUCAUCUUCGAAUUCUCAGAAAACGAAUUUUUUACGAACAAAACAAUUUCGAAGACCUAUUAUUACAAGGAGGAGAGUGGUUACGGUGGUGAUUUUAUCUAUGAUCAUGCCGAGGGAUCCAGGAUCGACUGGAAGUCCGACAAAGAUCUUACGGUUCGUGUGGAAAGCAAAAAGCAGAGGAACAAAAAUACGAAGCAAACCCGUGUGGUCAAGGUUACGGUGCCCACAGAAUCGUUCUUCAAUUUCUUCUCCCCCCCGCAGCCGCCAACGGAUGACGAUGAUACUGUUGCCACUGACAUCGAAGAGCGUCUUGAAUUGGAUUACCAACUUGGAGAGGAUAUCAAGGAGAAACUAAUCCCCCGUGCGAUCGACUGGUUCACCGGCGAAGCUCUUCAAUUUGAGGAAUUGGGUGAUGACAUGGAGCCUGAUGAUUUUGACGAUGAGGAUGAAGACGACGAAGACGAGGAUGAUGAAGACGACGAAGAUGAUGAUAGGAAGUCUGACCGUGAUAUCGAUGAGGAUUCUGACGAUGAAGAGGAUGGUGCUUCCAAGCCCAAGAAGGAGGCGGCUGAGUGCAAACAAAGCUGAGCGUGUUGGUAGAAAAUUCCUGGUCUAGCUAUAUGACCCCAACGAAACGCAAUUUAUGGCCGUACGUUCACAGCUUGUUGGGGUCCAGUCCCUAGUGGGGAGCUUUUCUGUUGCACUUUUUCUUUUCUUUCUGUUCCCCCUCCCCAUUUUUCUUCUAUUAGGUAUUUCUAACUGUCCACGGUUAUAUUUUCAUUUACCGCUGUUUCUCUUAAUAUUUUUUCUCUAUCCAUCUAUCUGGUUUGGGCCUACUACAUGCAGUGCAUGCUUCGUUUUCGGGUUGAUGGAUUUAUGAUGGAAACUCGGUUAUUAGCAGGAUGGAGGAAAAACUCAGCAUUCUGCGUUUAAUUUUUCAGAUGAUUAGUAGCUCCCAUGAUGUCAGGUACAAAUAGGAUCACAACAAGACCAGUAGUAUCUUUAUGGGUCAGGUUUCCAUACGAGUAUGUAGUCCCGUACA